AUGGUAGAGGAAACUAACGCUCAACCCGUAGUUAACGAACCCAAGCCUGGAAAUGACGGUGGUGCGGCGGCACCUAAGGCGGCACCAGAGAAGUCGUCAGAGCCCAAGGCACCUUCAAACAAGGAACUCAAAGAGAUGAAGAAACGAGAGAAGGCAGCGAAAAGGGCAGCUCAGAAAGCGGCCAUUGGCAUAACUCCAGAGCAACAACAACAACUAGCACAGCAGAAGAUGGACAAGAAGAAACAGCAGACUGCCACCACCACAAACAUAAAGAAACAAUUGGAUCAAACGGUGAUACGUAACUCGGGGAAGCAGAAAAUACCGGCACUUUUCAGCCAUUUAGAGACUCGAGAGCAGCGAAAUGCUUCUUCUCCCGCUAUUUCUCAUAUUGUGCAUCCGGCUAUUUUGGCGCUCACUCUCAAGUAUUCAACUUACAGAAUUGUAGGUCUGACCUUGCGUUUACGUCGGAUGAUGGAGGUUUUCAAAACUGUGAUAACAGACUAUCAAACUCCCGAAAAUACUACGUUGACACGACACUUGACGGGACAUCUCUCACACCAGAUCGAGUAUCUCAAAACCGCUCGUCCAUUGUCGAUUUCCAUGGGUAAUGCCAUCAGGUGGUUGAAGCAGGAGAUCUCACAUAUAUCAAUCGACACCACCGAAGACCAAGCCAAAGUUCAACUUUGUGAUCGCAUUGACGAAUUUAUCAGAGACAAGAUCGAUUUUAGUGACAAACUCAUUGUUCAAAAUGCUGCUAAACAUAUCACGAAUGGUAGCACUAUCCUCACUUUCGGACAUUCUCAUGUAUUAGAAGAGUUGUUCAAGUAUUGCGCUAUAGAGGAGAACAAGAACUUUAAGUUAGUGGUGGUCGACUCUCGACCUCUCUUUGAGGGUAAGAAAUUGGUUUCACGCUUAAUUGAGUGCCAUGCUAAAGAAGACCAAAGUCUUCCCAUAACCAAGACCCAUAUCAAGAUUCAAUACGUACUCAUCAACUCACUUUCCUCGAUGGUGCUUGAAGAUGUCGACUGUGUGUUUUUGGGUGCACAUGCUAUGCUUUCCAACGGAAGACUUUACUCUAGAGUUGGUCUGGGAUUGAUCGCUAUGAUGAGCCAUUCCAGAAAUAUUCCUGUUUUGACCUGUUGCGAGUCUAUCAAAUUUUCUGACAAAGUUCAGCUAGACUCAGUAACAACAAAUGAGCUAGCAGACCGUCAAGACUUAAUGCACGGUGAUGCUAAGAAGCCUCCGCUCAAAAAGUCGUUUGCAUUGGAACAAUUCAUCAAACAGCAAGAUGCGAUCGCCGCCGAAGAAAAAGAGAAGAAGAAGGGUAAAGGUAACCAAAAGAGCGACAAGAAAGAAAAUGAUUCCGAUUUGACCGACGCCGACCCGUUGUCCAACUGGGAGAAGAUGGAACAUUUGGACAUACUCAACAUUAUGUAUGAUCUCACUCCUCCAGAGUAUAUCAAGAAGGUUGUGACUGAACUUGGUGCUUUGCCUCCAUCUUCCGUGCCAGUUAUUUUGCGGGAGUACAAGAAUACAUAG